AUGGAAUCCUUAUCAUCGUCGCCUCAUAUUGCGCAGGAAUCAAUUGCUCAAGAUUUAUUAGAGGAUGGUUGUGAAGAAGAGCAGAGUUCGAGCUCGAGCUCUGAGGACAACGAUUCAGAUGGCUCGACUAUUCGCCCACAAUAUGCCAUGAUUCAUGGCCGUCGACAAAGCUAUGUGAACCCAGGGGCCCGAUCAACGUCGAUUUUUUCGACCUCGCUCCCUGAACGCGGCUACCUGUCGAAGAGAGAGAAAGCCUUGGUGCGAGAGGAGGAGCGGAGUUUACUCCGCGACAACCAUAUUCUACCUCCAAAGCACCCCCGUCAACGUCGUGGAAGUGAAGGUCUGUUGUCUAGCCGCCUGGGAAAGAAGCUUUCGCUAUCAGCAUUACGCAAGGUUCGAAGUGCCAUGGACGAAGAGGCCGCAAUCGACAUAGAUGAGCCUUCAGAAGCGACUGCACUUCUCCAAGGAGAUUGUACUCUUCCAUAUGGAGGUCUCGAUACACCCAAGACCAUCAACAGAACUUGGGAUGAAGCUGUUGUUGCGGGCAAGAUACAUACAACAUGGCAACGAGAAACAAAAUUUCUAACGAAAACUUCCGCACCACUGAUCCUGACAUUCUUGCUACAAUACUCACUCCCUGUUGCUAGCGUUUUCACAGUUGGACACAUUGGAAAAGUCGAGUUGGGUGCCGUGAGCCUCGCGAGCAUGACUGCUUCCAUUACCGGAUACGCAGUGUAUCAAGGCCUGGCCACCUCUCUUGAUACCUUAUGCGCUCAGGCGUACGGUUCUGGUCGCCCCCAUCUCGUUGGUCUUCAACUCCAGCGCAUGCUUUACUUCCUCUGGCUGAUCACGAUUCCUAUCGCUCUUGUCUGGGGUUUCGGUACCCAAAUCCUCUCUGCCGUCGUCCCAGAGAAAGAAACAGCCAAACUAGCCGGACUGUACCUAAAAGUUCUCAUUGCAGGUGCACCCGGCUACGCUGCUUUCGAAUCCGGAAAAAGAUUUAUGCAAGCACAAGGUCUCUUCAGCCCCACCAUGUACGUGUUAAUCAUUUGCGCUCCGCUGAAUGCUCUCAUGAAUUACUUAUUCGUCUGGGUCUUCAAAUGGGGCUUCAUAGGCGCGCCGAUCGCCGUCUCAGUGACCGAAAACAUACUCCCACUACUCCUAUUCCUCUAUGUGCGCUUUGUUGACGGCUACAAAUGCUGGGGAGGCUUCGAACGCCGAGCUCUCGCGAACUGGGGUCCAAUGGUUAAGCUCGCCCUACCCGGUCUAGUAAUGGUUCUUGCGGAAUUCCUUGCCUUCGAGAUCCUCACCCUGAGCGCAAGCUGGCUGGGCACAACUCCUCUGGCUGCUCAAUCCGUGCUCUCAACUAUCGCCGCGAUUACAUUCCAAAUCCCGUUCCCAAUGAGCGUCGCGGCGUCCACAAGAAUUGCUAAUUACAUCGGGGCGACCCUCUCCAUACCUGCAAAGGCCGCAGCAAAAGUUGCAAUGAUCUUCGCCGUCGGGGUCGGAAUUUUCAACUUCCUGCUUCUCUCCCUUCUGAGAACUUACAUCCCUCGUCUCUUCACCCCGGAUCCAGAUGUCAUCGAAUUGGUCGCAAAUCUACUCCCACUGUGUGCAGCGUUUCAAGUGUUUGAUGCUCUGGCCUGCAAUUGCAACGGGAUUCUGAGAGGCCUUGGCAGGCAAGAAAUUGGCGGAUAUGUGGGGCUUUUUGCGUAUUAUGUGGUCGGGUUGCCUAUCAGCUUUGGUACGGGUUUUGGGUUGCAUUGGGGACUGUAUGGGCUUUGGAGUGGUCCUGCCAUUGCGUUGGGUAUUGUGGCUACCAUUGAGGGCGUAUUUAUUUACAAGACUCGGUGGGAGAAAGCUGUUGAAGAUGCGGUAAAGAGAAACACGAUGGCCUAA